ACACCUGUAUCGAACUUCUUCUCAGUCCACUCAUGACUCACCUGCACUCAGCCACUCACAGCUUCUUCACAAGAUGAUCACUCUAGCAAUGGUUCUUGGAGGGCUGACGAGUCCAGCCUCCGUGCCAUGGAGCCUCCUGGCGCGCGGGUUUCUCGGCCUGCUGCUCCUAUGGCAGGCCGUCCGCCUGCUGCACCGGCUGUGGUGGCGGCCGCGGCGGAUCGAGCUGGCGUUGCGCGCGCAGGGCGUCCGCGGCACGCGCUACCGCUUCCUCACCGGCGACCUCGGGGAGCACGGGCGUCUGAACAGGGAGGCCUGGGCGAGGCCGCUGCCGCUGCCGCUGCGGUGCCACCACAUCGCGCCGCGCGUCGCGCCGUUCCUGCACAACGCGAGCAGGGAGCACGGCAGGACGUUCCUCUCCUGGUUCGGCCCGAACCCCAAGGUGACCUUCGUCGACCCGGCGGUGGCCAGGGACGUGCUGUCCAACAAGUUCGGCCACUUCGAGAAGUUCAAGUUCCAGGGUUUGACGAAGGUGAUCUCCGACGGACUCGCCAGCCACGAGGGCGAGAGGUGGGCCAAGCACAGGAGGAUCCUCAACCCAGCCUUUCAUGUCGAGAAGCUCAAGCGCAUGCUGCCCGCGUUUUCUGCGUGCUGCGAAGAGCUGAUCAGCAGGUGGAUGGAAUCCGUUGGUUCUGGCGGUUCGUACGAGGUGGAUGUUUGGCCGGAGAUGCAGAGCCUCACCGGAGAUGUCAUUUCUCGCACCGCAUUCGGAAGUAGCUACCUUGAAGGAAGAAGGAUCUUCCAGCUGCAGGCAGAGCAAGCGGAUCGCGUCAUGAAAUGCAUCCAGAAGACUGUCAUUCCUGGCUACAUGUCCUUGCCUACUAAAAACAACCGGAGGAUGAAACACAUAAAGAAAGAGAUCGAUUCCAUUCUACGAGGUCUAAUUGACAAAAGAAUGCAAGCUCUGAAAGAAGGUGAGAGCACCAAAGAUGAUCUACUGGGCCUGCUGCUCGAGUCAAACAUGAGGCAAAUGGAAAUGGCAGAGGACGGUCAGUCAAGCCAGGGGCUGACGAUCGAGGAGGUCAUCGAGGAGUGCAAGCUGUUCUACUUCGCAGGAAUGGAGACAACGUCAGUGCUACUUACCUGGACCAUGCUGCUACUCAGCAUGCACCCAGAGUGGCAGGACCGUGCAAGGGAGGAGAUCCUAGGACUGUUUGGGAAAAACAAACCUGAAUACGAAGGCCUGAAUCGCCUCAAAAUCGUGACGAUGAUACUCUACGAGGUUCUUCGGCUGUAUCCACCGGCCGUCACCUUCACUCGGCAAACAUACAAGCAGAUGGAGAUCGGAGGCGUCACCUACCCCGCCGGCGUGAUGAUCGAGCUCCCCGUGUUGCUCAUCCACGGUGACCCCAGCAUCUGGGGGAGCGACGUGCACGACUUCAAACCGGAGAGGUUUGCGGAAGGGAUCUCCAGGGCAUCCAAGGAUCCCGGUGCGUUCCUCCCGUUCGGCUGGGGGCCGCGGAUCUGCAUCGGUCAGAACUUCGCGCUGCUUGAGGCGAAGAUGGCGCUGUGCAUGAUCCUUCAGCGCUUGGAGCUCGAGCUCGCGCCGUCGUACACUCACGCGCCACAGAGUGUUCUAACUUUGCGCCCGAUCCAUGGUGCGCAGGUUAAGCUUAGAGCUAUAUGAUCAUUUUGACCAGGCAGGCAGAGAGUCAUGCGCUAAUUUCGCUGAGAUUGUUGGAUGCGAGUUGUGAUAUUUGUACCUUUUGAAUAAAUUGGGAGUUAUUAUAGAAGUUCUUUUGUCGAGCAUACAAUUUUUGAUACAUUGGAUUACUUCCAAAAUAGAAAUUGG